GGAAGAGGAUGCGGUGUAGGAGGUGGAGAGACGAUGGCAGAGGGCUUCCACGGUGCUUGCGGUGGUGCGGAAUCCGCGCCGGUUUGCCGCGACGCGGGGUGCAUCGGGGAAAUGAUGCGCAGAUUGGCCGGAUCAUCUCAAAAACCACCACCCUCUGCCUCCAGCCCUCCUCCUGCCUACUACCCCCGUUCGCCCGUCCUCCGUCGGUUCUCUCGCUCCCGCGGCCGCCGCCGCCCCGUCUCUGGCACGCUUUCCGUCUCCGUUCCCCGUGCACUCGCACUCGUCUCGUCGCCGACGGUCGCCAGGGAUGGAAUACAACCCCCACUUUCAGCACCGCCGCCGAACAACCACCCUGCCACCGCUGUGCCUACCACUGUGCCCGACGACGAGUGACUGAGUCCUCCGAUUAUUAUCUCAUUUGCUGGCACGAGCAGCACGCGACGCUCUCGUGCUCGCCUCCUCACGGAUCUCAGGGAUCUCCGUGGAUCGCCUCGAUCGCGCCUCCACCAGGACAUCGUCGGAUCGUGGGGCUACCUGUCGCCGCGUGUACAGCAAACACCGCUAGAUCUCCGCGAUGACGACGACGACGGGCGAUCCGUCGACGAUGAAGACGCCGGCGUCCCUGUCCGGCGGCGAUCUGGUCUCGCGUCUGUUGGCAGCGACGCCUCCCUACUUGUACAACGUACCAUUGACGCCGCACAGCUUCUUCUUCAGCGAGAUGUUGCGCUCGUUCGUGCAAGCGAAAGCGGAAGCGACGUCGGCUGGCACGACGAGCAGCAGCGCGCCGAGACGCCGGAAGCGAUCGUGGCGGGAAGCUCGGGAUCGUCCUCUGGAGCUGACCACGAAAGAGAGACAGCACCACCACCACCAUCACCACCACCACCAUCACCAGCAGCAACAACAACAGCAGCAACAACAACAGCAACAGCAACAACAGCAACAGCAAGAGAAAUACUUUCACGCGCAGCAGCAAUCGCAGCAAUCGCAGCAACCGGAAACGCGGCUGGAGAACAAUAGAGGCAAGCCGACCGAGGCGUACGACCCGGAGAUCAAGAUGGCGGCGUUCGAGCAGAAACCGAGCUUCGGCGGCGACAUACUGAAACCGGUCGACGAGAACAGAUCGGACUUCAGCAAGCAGAGCAAGAACUACUUCGACGAGCGGCCGCGCCACUUCGAGCAGGCCCAGCCGCCGGAGAACAUAUUCCCCGGCGAGCUGCAGAAGGUGAAGCCGGAGGAAACGCACUCGGUCGACCGGAAGAACUGCAGCUACGACAGUCGAAGUCCGUACGACGAUCGCACGAAGAGCUCGAUCGGCGGCGGCCAGGAGCUGCCGCUGCUGCCGGACCAGAAGAAGCUCGACUUCUCCAGGAACUUCCUGCCCGGCCUGCCCGGAAGGGGCUGCGACAUGCUGCAGGGUGUGAAGGGUUUCGGGCUGCCCGGGAACGUGACGAACCCCGAGUUCCUCCCGAACCCGCUCUGGUACCCGCCGUACCCGAUGCCGCAGUCUUAUCCCGGCAUAGAUCCCCUGCACUUCUUCAUUGAUCUCCGCGUGUCCGGGCACAUCUGGGACCGGAAGCUGAGCGAGAGGCAGCUGCCGUUCAAGGGCAAGCACUGCUCCGCGUUCAGCGUGCCCCAAUCGAAGGAGUACAGCAGCAACAGGCCCUUGAACCUGACCAGGGACGAGGCGAGCACGUCGAGGAGCAGCGAGGAGAACUCGCACGGCACCAAUUACAUCCUGAGACACCUGACAAGGACGUACAGGAACAUCGGCCAGGCGCAGAAAGUGUCCAGGAGCGAGGCGUCCGCGGAAGAGACCGAGGACAGUCCGAAGGAAAUUGAUAACAACGAUAGAUUCCCGAAACCGGAAACGCCAGGCACCUCGUCUUCGAGCCAAGAAGAAGGGAGGAAGGAUCUGCGGGCUCUGAUCGGCCUCGAGCUAGUCGUCGACUACGUAAAAGAGCCGAAGGCGGAUCCAUCGAACGAGCAGACUUCGCAAGUAACCGAAUAACUCGUGAAAAUCGAACGACUUCUCGCAUCCACUCCCCGCCUGUA